AACAGGGCUUGGAGCCAAGUGCGGAUAUUUAUUUUAUAUAGCCGGUAGCCCAAUCCUGGCUACCUUUACUCGCAGGAACCCAAGGCGGCAUACAUAAUCCUCCUGCCCUCAAUGUUAUCCUCACAACAACAACCCUGUGAGGACAGGAUGUGGAGCCACCAAUAAAAAUGGAGGACCAGAGCAGAACUGGACAAAUUCCAGGGGAGAAAAUGGAGGAAGGAGGCUCUCAGAUUGGCACUCUUGGGAAGUUUCUGUCUGUUGUUGGUCCCCAACCAAUUAAAGCGGAGGUCGAUGAGGAUGACCAAUGGCAGAAUUUCCAGGAGGGAACUCGCUCAGAAGGUGGCGAAUCACAACUGCCGGGAUCUAAAGCCUGCAAUGAUAUUACAUUUUUUUCUGCAUCGUUGAAGGCCGUUGCUAAUGUCAACCAAGAGCCUAGAGGGAAGUCGGUGUCUGAAACCCUGCUAGGCCUCCGUGGAAAAGCCCACAAGGCCUCUGAAAAUCAGGAUUCAUCUAUGAAAGAGAGAGAAGCGGUUCCAGAUAAGGAUACGAUCCACUUGGAGAUGCUGCGUCAGCGGUUCAGGCAGUUCUGCUACCAGGAGACCAAGGGACCCCGGGAGGUGUUCGGGCAUCUCCAGGACCUUUGCCAUCAAUGGCUGAAGCCCGAGAGUCACACCAAGGGGCAGAUCCUGGAGUUAGUGAUCCUGGAGCAGUUCCUGGCCAUCCUGCCACCGGAGAUGCAGAACUGGGUUAGGGAGGACAACCCGGAGACCUGCGCCCAGGCUGUGGCUCUCGCAGAGGACUUCUUGCUUUGGAAGGAGGAGGCUGAAAUACAGGAACAGCAGAUGUCAGAGCAGGCUCGGUCGGAUGCCGUGAAGGGGCUGCCCUAUACGGAGGCCGAGCUGAAAGGCGACGGAAAGCCCCACUUGCUAGGUGGUGGGCAAGAGCCUGAGAAGAAGAUGGCUCCUGAACCAGAAGAGUCUAAGAAGAUGGAACUUGCUGAAGUUCUGUUUGACAAAGGCAAAUGGGAUCUUUUCCAGUUUCCUCAAAUUGAAAACAUGCCAAAACGUCAGGAGGAAACACACAAAAAUGAGGGAAGCUACCGAGGGCGGAGAGAAGGGAAGCGUGUUUGGGAGAAAGAUGGCAGCCAACUCCUAAACAAAACCACCUUCCAGGACACAACAGAGAAGGAGAAGAUGAGCUCUGAUUGCCCCAAAAGCUUCAGCCAAACCCGUGACCUUCUCAAGCGUCAGAAAACACAAAGUGAAAACAAGUCACACCAGUAUACGGAUGGUGGGGCAAGUUGGAAACCAGUCCCUCAGCAGGAGAACGUCUGGACGGGAGAGGAGCCCUAUAUGGAUUGUGGGACUAAAUUGAGUCAGAAAGCACCAUUAAGUAAUCCUCCCAGAAUCCCUAUAGGGGAGAAACCAUACAAAUGCUCUGAAUGUGGACACAGUUUUAGUCAGAGCUCGGAUGUUACAGGAGACGGUCUUUAUAUAUGUUCCAACUGUGGAAAAAGCUCAGUCCUUGGAAAACAAGAGAGAAUGCACAUGGGAAUGAAACCGUCUAAAUGCUCCGAAAGUGAGAAAGGAUCCCCUCAGCCCUCUGAACUUCAAACAGGGGAGAAACCAUACACGUGUACAGACUGUGGGAAAAACUUCAGCUUUAGGUCAAGCCUUGUUCGUCAUCAGAGACUCCACACUGGAGAGAAACCAUAUAAAUGUUUAGACUGUGGGAAGAAUUUCAGUCAGAGCUCAAACCUUCUUAAUCACCAGAGAAUUCACACAGGAGAGAAGCCAUACAGCUGUUCAGACUGCGGGAAAUCCUUCAGUAACAGCUCGAGCCUUACAUCACACGAGAGAACCCACAGAGGAGAGAAACCUUACAAGUGCUCCAGCUGCGGAAAGAACUUCAGCUGCAACUCUGUUCUUAGAAUCCACGAAAGGAUUCACACGGGCGAGAAGCCGUACGAGUGCUUGGAGUGCGGGAAAAGCUUCAGCCGGAGAGAAUUCCUCAUUGGACAUCAGAGAACUCACACAGGGGAAAAGCCGUAUGAGUGCACUGAAUGUGGGAAAAGCUUCAGCCAGAGAUCGAACCUUAUUAAUCAUCAGAGAAGCCACACUGGAGAGAAACCAUUUGAAUGCUCAGACUGUGGGAAGAGAUUCAGUCAUAAAGCGUCCCUCCUUAAACACGAGAGAAACCAUGUGCACGGCCCCAAAAUGGGAAAGGAGUCAGCUGUCCAAGCUACCUUGCACGUGACAGACGUGGCACACACAUAGGAGAAGAAACCACAUCCGUGGGGGAGAGUUCCCUUCAACUACUCUUGGCCAGCAGAAAAUCCACACACAGUCGAGAAAUGACACAUUGUAAGAACUGCAUCAGUUUGAGGCCAGCCUCUUGUUCAACCUGAAAGGACCUAUUAUUAUAAGGAAGAGAACCCAAACAAGUGUGCAGAGUAAGAGAAAGCAUCAAUGAUAGGCCACACUUCCCCUUAUCAUUCCCUCCAUUUCUGGGGGUACAAAGUGCUUACUGACUGGUGGGGGGGGGGAGAAAUGGAAAACCAGGUAGGAGGAGGAAUGGAAUGGAGUGUCCUGGAAGAGGGCAUAGCUGACUGGAAUGCUGAACAGAAGCACUCCAUGCUGCAGCUUUUUGUUGCCGGUUUGACUAGUUUUCUUUAAAAUUAAUCCGUUGCCUUUCAAAUCUUUUGAAGUGCCCAACUGAAGUGCCGACUUCAGGCCCAAUAUUCCCUGUUCCUUCAACCCUGCCUGAUCUCUGCACCGGUGGCAUUGCUACCUGUGAGCCACAUCGCACCGGUUCUGACAGAUCUUUGGCCUGGAACUGUGACUAAACUGUUGCUGUACCACCACGAAAAGGGUCUAGUAGCUAGAGGAAGGCAGCACCUACAGCAGCAGUUUCAUAGCCUCUACGUGUGGAGAGCCAGGUGUGGCGUGUUUUCUGUAAGGCCCCAGUAGAAGCUGUCCCUCCACAUACAGUGUUGCCCUUGGGACGACUCAGUGAAUUGGUCCAGUUAAGGGGCGCAAAAAGAGAAUUGGGUGCAUGGGCAAAUGACCUUCCAGCAGGCUUUCUGUGGUCUGGGUGCCUUCAGUGGGUGUUGCCCCGGGCACUGACAUCAUCAUCUUUCUCCGUGCUAAGAGAGGCUUGGAGUCCCGCACUGAGAGGGGUUCGGCGUUCCGUACUCCUUUGUGUGGGGAAAGGGGCUCAGCCAGCACAGGGAAGAGCAGCUGCAGAUCAGAUCAUCGGGGAUUCUGGUUGCUCACGGAGACUGCAGGCCGCAUGAGGCACCUCCGUGGACUGCAGGUUCCUCAUCUUUGGGCCGGGCCUUCCAUGCCCAGUCAAGACCCUCCGUCAACUUAUUUUUCAAGCUUCCUGGCUUUCAUCCUUCCCAAACCUCUCUGCACACAGGCUCCUCUCAGGCAAAACAGGCCCCAGCUAGGUGUGAACAGGCACGCUAAACCACAGCAGGGCUGGCGGAAGAGAAGAGGGUUUAUACCAGGGCCUUCUAGCAGCCACACCACACACACACACACACUGUUUUCUUUUGUGUCCAGAAUUAUGGAUGUAGUGUUUUUAUUUAAUUAUAUCUUUAUCCUGUCAUUUUUCCAGGGUGGGGUACAUGGCUCUCUUUCACACUCCUUCGAUAUUGCCCUCACAACAAUCCUGGGAGGCACAGGU